GUAAAAAAGGCAAUUAACGCGCCUCACAAUUCAACCCCGGUGCCCCCACUCAUUACUUGAGUUAGAUAUGUUGACCUUAAACGUCCUAGAGUUUUCAUGGAUUUACUGUUUCAAACACUGAAAAAUAUUAAUAACAAUAAAAUAAAACAAAUAGCAUUUGGACAAAACAUCAUUUGAAAAUAAAUAUUCUACAUAAUUCCUCUUUGACUUCUUCUCCUCCCAUACAUCAUCAACUCCCGUUUUCUAUUUUCUUUUCUUUAUUUUUUUUUUAAUAAUUGAUGAAGCCCCACUUCAUUUGAUUCAUAAAACUUGGAUGCGGCAUCAAGUUUGGAAAUGUCCACCCUGUUGACAAAUUAACAGCAACAGCAAAAUGGGCACACCCAUGCUUCAUGAAUUCAAGAAACAAGCUUCUUUCUUCCUCAAGGAGAAAAUCAAGACUGCCAGAUUAGCUCUCACGGAUGUUACCCCUGCUCAACUGAUGACAGAAGAGGCUACAAAUGGGAAUCCGUGGGCCCCAGAUUCCCCAACACUCAGAUCAAUUUCGAAGGCUGCUUUUGAAGUCGAUGAUUAUUGGAGGAUUGUGGAGAUUCUGCACAAAAGGCUGGUUAAAUUUGAAAAGAAGAACUGGAGGGCCUCUUAUAAUUCUCUGAUCGUGAUUGAGCACCUGUUGACUCAUGGACCUGAAAGUUUUGCACAAGAACUCCAGGAUGACAAAGAUGUCAUCUGUCAGAUGAUCGGCUUUCAGUACGUUGAUGAAACGGGAUUCAAUUGGGGUUUAAACGUCAGAAAGAAAGCAGAUAGAAUAUUGAAACUGCUAGAAGAAGGGCAUGUUCUUAAAGAAGAGAGAGAUCGAGCUCGCAGGCUUUCCAAAGGCAUCCAAGGGUUUGGAAGUUUCAGCCAACGCUCAUCUGCACAAACCAGUUUACGACAAGCACCACCGUCAUCAGCAUCAUUUGGCACAUUUAACUCUGAUGUCAGCAGCCAUGAAAACCACAACUCUGACUCAACCAGAGGCCAGAACGAUGUGGCUAAAAAUCAGAUGCUUCAGAAGUCUGAAACAAGAAUAAAAGAAAACGUGGCUCCUGACAGGGAGGAGCUGCGCCAAUGGAACUUGAAAGGGGAAUCAAAUUCACUUCUGGAUCGUAGCAACCAAGACUCCAGUCUUGGUAACUUCAAAGAGGAAGGUGAUCACCCCUUUAAUUCAACAGAGAAGCAUGCCUCUGUUUCUCUGCUUUCUGCCAGAGGAGGAAUACUACAGGGCUGUUGAAGCAAUGUAAACAUUUGUAUGGAGCCACAAAAAGCUCUGCAAUUUUGCUCGUUCCCAGUAGAAAACCAGCCGAAGGUCUGCGAUGCUAUUCAUGCAUGUGGGCAUGCCGUAUGCUUAAUUACUUUUUGGUUACUUCAGCCAUCAUUCACUGAGCAAUUACUGUGGUCAUGUAUCUACUUUUUAAUCGAAGUUCGCCUUCACUGGCCAGUGGCCACUGGACAGUUUAAGGCAUCUCAAAUAGUCUGUUGACAGGCAUGUCCAGCAACGUUAGUGAAGCAUAAUAAAAAGGAUCCUGCUCUUUUGGCGAGGCCUAUUUA